AUGGGGAUUGCAUGGAGCAGCAACUCGAGCUACUGGCAGCAAGUGCAGCGCAAAGGCUCGGUAUUCCCUAGGGUUGCACACCUGGCCGCUGUCAGUGAGUUUGAUCUGAUUGGCCGGUUUAGUUUGCCGCUGCCGGUGCGAUCGUGUAGGUAUGAGCUGUGGUGGAAAGUGGCUCGGGAUCCGACCCUGGGGGAGUCCUGGAUGCCUCGGGAUGUGGUGUUUGAGUGGCCUGCUGCGCUGGUUACCAGCAAUGUGAAGGUUACGGGCGCAGGAUUGUCGGAAUCGGUGGAGAUUCAGAGGCGGGUGGUGUUUAAUGAGUCGACAUUGCCCGGGGCAGGGUGGACGGAGGUGGGGGUGGGGGUGGCAGUGCUAGGGUCGGUGACGGGGAGGAAAAGGAGAGGGUUGGGGGGAGAUUUGGUGGAGACGGAAUGGGAGGUGAGGUUGCAUGAGAGAGGCCCAGCAAAGCAAGUGGACAGCGCAGCAUGGGCGGCACGGUUUCGGCAGCUAGCAGCAGGGGGUGGUGCGGUGGGGAACAGUGCGGCUGGGAACGGUGCGAUGGGGAACGGUGCGGUGGGGAGCGGUGCAGUGGGGGGAGCAGCAGGCGUGCAGCAAGGGGGGACUUCACCAGAGGAGAUUGUGAUUAGAGAGAACUAUGGGAGAGAGGGCACGGAGCAAUUGCAGCUACUGGCAGAGCAAGCAGGGCUGUACUUCCAAACAUACGGGAAGGGCACUGGGACCGUAGCAGUGGCCAGCAGGGUGCCUCUUCCCAGCUACCGGGCUGAUCUGGACGACAGGCAUGGGCGGUCGGAGCGACAGGUGCUGGUGGUUUCAGGCAAGACAGGCUGUGGUAAGAACAACGCAGCUGUCCCAGUUCAUCCUGGAGAGCGAAAUCGAUGCGGGCAGGGGCGCGCAGACCUUCAUAAUCUGCACCCAGCCCCGGCGGAUAUCUGCCACGUCGGUCCUUGUGGUUUCAGGCGAGACUGGCUGUGGCAUGGCAAGACCACCCAGCUACCACAAUUUAUCCUGGACAGCGAGAUUGAAGCUGGCAGGGGCGUGCAGACCAUGAUCAUCUGCACGCAGCCCCGGCGGAUAUCUGCCACGUCGGUGGCAGCAAGGGUGCUGGUUGUGUCGGGUGAAACGGGCUGUGGCAAGACCACCCAGCUGCCUCAAUCUAUUUUAGAAAGUGAAAUAGAAGCAGGCAGAGGAGCACAGACCUUCAUCAUCUGCACGCAGCCCAGGAGGAUUUCAGCCACGUCGGUGGCAGCAAGGGUGAGGGCAGAUAUCAGCCCACCCACUCCACUCGUACAAGAGUGUUUUCCCAUUUCUCCACAGGUGCUGGUUGUGUCUGGUGAAACGGGCUCUGGCAAAACAACUCAAUUGCCUCAAAUUAUCUUGGAAAGCGAAAUUGAGGCAGGAAGAGGCGCGCAGACCAUGAUUAUUUGCACCCAGCCCCAGCGGAUAUCAGCCACGUCAGUGGCAGUGAGGGUGCUAGUGGUUUCAGGCGAGACAGGCUGUGGCAAGACCACCCAGCUUCCUCAAUUUAUCUUGGAAAGCGAAAUCGAGGCAGGGAGAGGAGCACAGACCUUCAUCAUCUUCACCCAGCUGCGGCGAGGGUGGCAAAGGCUUGCCCAUUCAUGCAUUCCCCACCACUCCCUCUUCCAUUUUUGUCUGAUUGCACCCCACUGUUUGCAUUUUCCCAGGCAAGGAGGUGGGGGGAGGGUGGCGGGGGAGAGAGGCGAGGAGGUGGGGGGCAGCGUGGGGUAUCAGAUCAGGAUGGAGAGCAGACGAGGGCCGAACACAAGGCUGCUGUUCUGCACCACUGGCGUGCUGCUGCGACGACUGGUGCAACAACCGGACCUGGCUGGCGUCUCUCAUGUGAUGGUGGAUGAGAUUCACGAGAGGGGCAUGAACGAGGACUUUCUGUUGAUCAUUCUCAGAGACCUGCUGCCCCGCCGCCCCGACCUGCAUCUCGUGCUCAUGAGCGCUACGAUCAAUGCAGAGCUGUUUUCGGAAUAUUUCAACCAGGCUCCCAUGGCGCACAUUCCUGGCUUCACACACCCGGUACAGCAACUCUUCCUAGAGCACGUGUUGGAGCGCACUCGCAUUCCCAUCAGGGACCAGAGCCAACAGGGAGGGGGAGGGGGGUUCUCGAGAGGAGGAGGAGGGGGAGGGCGGGGGUACGGGAGGGGGAGAAGGGAGAGGAGUGCAAGUGUGGCGAAGAAAGAUCCUAUCUCAGAAGCAUGGGAGGAAGUGGACAUAUGGUCGCACUACUCUGCCUUCUCCCGCCCAACCCAGGAUUCGCUCGCCAAUUUCUCCCCUGAAAAACUAGACAUCGAUCUAGUGACAUCAGUGGUGGAGCAUAUAUGCCGGAACGAGGCUGAAGGCGCCGUGCUGGUCUUUCUGACGGGCUGGGACGAGAUCUCGAAGCUGCUGGACGCGCUCAAGGCGAUGCCUGUCGCCGGGCAGCCGUCAAAAGUUUUGCUCCUGCCCCUGCAUGGGUCGAUGCCGACGAUCCACCAGAAGGAGAUUUUCAACCGACCCCCUCCUGGAGUCAGGAAAGUGGUCCUAGCGACCAACAUAGCGGAGACCAGCAUCACCAUCGACGAUGUUGUUUUCACGGUGGGCUGCGAAAAGGAGCUGCUCCGCGAUUUUCUCCCCUCGGCUCCUCAACUUCUGCCACUUCUGCCCCUUCUGCUCCUUCCUUUCACUUUCCUCCAGAAAAGCAGUCCUGGCGACCAACAUCGCAGAGACCAGCAUCACAAUCGACGACGUCGUUUUUGUUGUCGACUGCGGAAAGGCUACUUCCUACUCAUCCCCUCCGUUUCUCACCUUCUGCUCCUUCCCUCCCCAUCCCCUCUUCUCAGAAAGGUGGUCCUAGCGACCAACAUAGCAGAAACCAGCAUCACCAUCGACGAUGUGGUCUACGUGGUGGACUGCGGAAAGGCCAAGGAAACUUCCUACGACGCACUAAACAAGCUGGCCUGCCUGCUCCCCUCCUGGAUUUCCAAAGCCUCGGCCCACCAGAGGAGGGGGCGGGCGGGGCGUGUGCAGCCCGGAAUUUGUUUCCACCUCUACCCGAAGGCGGUUUAUGAUUCGCUGCUGGAGUUUCAGCUGCCCGAGAUUCUGAGGACGCCGUUGCAGGAGCUGUGCUUGCAGAUCAAGCACCUUGGGUUGGGACACGUGCAGUCGUUUCUUUCCAAAGCAAUGCAGCCACCAGAGCCUCUUGCAGUACAAAAUGCGGUGCAGCUGCUGGAAACCAUCGGGGCAUUCACUCCCGACGAGCAACUCACCUCCCUGGGUUGUCACCUGGCCGCCAUUCCCGUGGAGCCCCGCAUUGGCAAGAUGCUCAUUUUCGGAGCGAUAUUCAACUGCCUCGCUCCAGCGCUCACCAUCGCUGCUUCUCUGGCCUACCGGGACCCGUUCGUCCUUCCGCUUGACAAGAAGGAGAUGGCAGAUGCAGCCAAGAAGGAGUUCGCUAGGGACUCUAGGAGACCCCUUUGUGCUGCCACUCGACAAGAAGGAGCUGGCAGAUGCAGCCAAGAAGGAAUUCUCAAAGGAUGCGAGGAGAAGGAGAUGGCAGAUGCAGCCAAGAAGGAAUUCGCUAGAGAUUCUAGGAGCCUCCCUCGCAUAUCGCGGCCCCUUUGUGCUGCCACUCGACAAGAAGGAGCUGGCAGAUGCAGCCAAGAAGGAAUUCUCAAAGGAUUUGAGGAGGUCAUCGUGGUUGUGACCCGUAUCACCAUGGCUGCCUCUUUGGCCUAUCGCGACCCCUUUGUGCUGCCACUCGACAUUAAGGAGCUGGCAGAUGCAGCCGAGAAGGAGUUCGCCAAAGACUCCAGGAGGCUGUCCUCGGUGAUGCCUGGAGCAGCCUGGAGCAGCCAAGAAGGAGCCAAGAAGGAGCUCUCACCGAUGGACAGCCAUCGGUGUUGA